AUGGCACCCACACAGUCUCAGGCACGCAGCCAGAAAGGCAAAGGAUCAAAGGCCAAGGUCACAAAGAAGUACGUGAUCAACGCCAGCCAGCCCGUCAGCGAUAAGAUCUUCGACUUGGCUGCGUUCGAGAAGUUCCUGCACGACCGCAUCAAGGUUGAGGGUCGCACCAACAACCUCGGCGACAAUGUGUCCAUCUCCCAGGUCGGAGACGGAAAGAUCGAGGUCGUCACUCACAUUCCUUUCUCGGGCCGCUACCUGAAGUACUUGUACGUUUGCGAUGUCAACAUGAAUACUGGAGGCGGUGGGGCUAAUGAUCGUGUUAGGACAAAGAAGUUCCUCAAGAAGCAGCAACUCCGUGACUGGCUCCGUGUGGUCUCAACAAGCAAGGGUGUCUACGAGCUCAGAUUCUUCAACGUCGUUAACGAGGAGGGUGACGAUGAUGACGAGUAG